GGAGGGGCGGGUCUGCCGUUAAGAAGCGCCGGUCCCCACCAGCGCCUGCUCUGCCCGCUGCAUCGCUGCUUGCUAGCACCAUGGCCCUGUCCAGCGACCCCGCCUUCAGGAAGCUCGCCGAGUGGUACAAGGCGAACGCCGCCAAGCUCGUCCUGAGGCAACUCUUCGAGGCCGACAAGAGCCGCUUCGAGACAUUCAGUGUGACUCUGAAUACUGAUCAUGGGGAUAUCUUGGUGGAUUAUUCGAAGAACCUUGUUACAGAAGAGAUCAUGAAGAUGCUGAUAGAACUGGCAAAGUCAAGAGGUGUUGAAAAUGCUAGGGAGCAAAUGUUCACUGGAGAGAAGAUCAACUUCACUGAGAAUCGGGCUGUGCUUCAUAUUGCCCUGAGGAAUCGCUCCAAUGUUCCAAUAUUAGUGGACGGCAAAGAUGUAGUCCCAGAAGUUAACAAGGUGUUGGACAAGAUGAAGCACUUCUGUCAGAAAGUUCGUAAUGGAGAAUGGAAAGGCUACACUGGAAAGGCAAUUACCGAUGUGGUCAAUAUUGGGAUUGGUGGCUCAGACUUGGGCCCCGUUAUGGUGACUGAAGCCCUGAAACCAUAUUCCAAGGGAGGCCCUCGUGUCUGGUUUGUAUCCAACAUUGAUGGUACUCAUAUAGCCAAAACCGUGGCAGAGCUUAACCCUGAGACAACACUCUUCGUCAUUGCAUCUAAGACUUUCACCACCCAAGAAACUAUUACCAAUGCAGAAACGGCCAGAGAGUGGCUUCUUCUUUCUGCUAAUGAUCCUUCUGCUGUGGCCAAGCAUUUUGUCGCCUUGUCCACCAAUGGUCCUAAAGUUAAAGACUUUGGAAUUGACACUGAGAAUAUGUUUGAGUUUUGGGAUUGGGUUGGUGGACGUUACUCAUUGUGGUCAGCCAUCGGUCUCUCCAUUGCUCUACAUGUUGGUUUUGACAACUUUGAGAAACUGCUUGCAGGAGCCCACUGGAUGGACAACCACUUUCACACUGCUCCUCUGGAAAAGAAUGUGCCAGUUCUGCUGGCCAUGCUGGGUGUCUGGUAUAUAAACUUUUAUGGCUGUGAAACCCAUGCACUACUGCCAUAUGACCAGUACAUGCACCGAUUUGCUGCUUACUUCCAGCAGGGUGAUAUGGAAUCUAAUGGGAAAUACAUCACCAAGAAAGGCACUCGUGUGGACUACAAUACUGGCCCUAUUGUGUGGGGAGAACCUGGAACUAAUGGGCAGCAUGCCUUUUAUCAGCUCAUUCAUCAAGGAACUCGUAUAAUCCCCUGCGAUUUUCUAAUCCCAGUCCAGACUCAACAUCCAAUCAGAAAUGGCUUGCAUCACAAGAUCCUUCUGGCCAACUUUCUUGCUCAGACUGAGGCCUUGAUGAAAGGAAAGACUGCUGAUGAGGCUCGAAAAGAACUGCAGGCUACUGGGCUAAGUGGAGAUCCUCUGGAGAAACUUCUUCCACAUAAGGUCUUUGAAGGAAAUCGGCCAACCAAUUCCAUUGUGUUUACAAAACUUUCCCCAUUCAUUCUGGGAGCCUUAAUUGCUAUGUACGAACACAAGAUCUUUGUUCAAGGAGUUGUGUGGGAUAUUAAUAGCUAUGACCAGUGGGGAGUUGAGCUUGGAAAGCAAUUGGCUAAGAAAAUUGAACCAGAACUGGAUUCUGAUGCUCCGGUGACAUCUCAUGAUAGCUCAACAAAUGGGCUUAUUAACUUCAUCAAGAAGCAUAAAGCUUGACCUGAAAGAUUCAGAGGAUACCACCAGUCUAACUGCCGAACACCCAGAUCAAUGUUGUAGUAAUUGCUUUUCAGCUACUUUUAACCAAAAUAGCACUUUACACUUGGAGCCCCGUAACUUGUUGCAGCUAAUCCUGUUCUGUCAAAUGUGUUAGAAAUGAAAGCUAGUUUUGUGAACGAUUGUAUAAUUGCCUUCUAUUUUUGUGGUUGUCAAACUGUAAAGUGCAGCUAAUAUGUCCCUCACUACUCCCUCAAAGUUGAUCACAUGUACUAAAAUCAGAAAAUAAAAAGACAGUGGACAGUAGAACCUCUUCACUCUGUUAAGUGCAAUCCUGAUAAUCCUAGUUUUACCAGUUAGAUACUCUGAAACUGAGGGAACUAAAUUCAAUUUGUGUCCUUCUUUUGAGACUGGCCUUACUGUAAGAUAAGGGGUUUAGGAUUUAGGGGAAACUCCUUGCAGAAAUCAAAAAACUCAGUGUUUCAGCAUUGCUCAGAUUGUAUAGCAUGAUACAUUCUGAGAAUAAAACCUGGUCAUAAUGGACACUCUAACCCCUAGGAAUUAAUUGUUACUGCUAUCGUGCUAAACAGAUAGGAAAGGUUGACAAGUGUACUAUGGUGGCUCUUCUGUAUUUACUUGUUCAGUUUCUCCAUGAGCUAGGGAUAUACCAGACAAACUGCUACUCCAAAGAGGAAACGUCUUUCCUGAUGUGGCAUUGAUGGUUUUUAGACUUCAGAAACACUUAGAUGUUUGGUAUAUUUGCAUGCAACUUCUUAUCAAGCUGCUAAAGCUUAGCGCCACUUACUGAAAACUCCUCAGGUUUCCUCGAUCUGUCUUUCAGGAUCCUUCAGACAAUUACACAUACAGGAACUUGUACAGAACAGAGAACAGAAAACAGCCUUGACAAACAAGCCUUAAGUCUGUUAUGGAAAUUAAAAUCCCCUCAGCCACUGUGUGUAUCAUGUUAACGCUGCACAGGUGCCUUUCUUACAACCUCUAUUUCUUCUUUAGUCUAUUAAAAAUGAGUUCUUGAUCCCAAUCAAGACUCAAAAAGGGUGGGGGGGGGGGACAGAGAGGGGAAAGCAAGACCAAUUAAUUUUUUAAUUUAAUGAGACCUGUACACCAAAUACAGCUUAAAAGAAAACUAGCAGAAACCAAGCUAGAAGUAGAAAAGUUCAAGCUUGCAACCCCUUAUCUGCAUACACAAAUGCAUACUGCAUCCACGUGAAUUUGGGUCUUGGAGACAUGGCACAUGUAUGACAUUUGUUGCUUUAACACUUCCUGCAAUGCUAAUAAUUUUCCAUAAUCUCCUGUGGUUACUUGGAUUAGAACUGCUGUCCAGAAAUACAGGAGUAGGAACCUGAGCAGUGUACUGCAUAACAGCAGCUUCCUUGUAAGCUUACUCAACAGGUAGAACAUAAUGCAACCCUCCUGUUUCAAGAGACAAGUUUCUUGCAGCACCCUGCUGCUGACAAAUAACCAAAAUAACAAGUGACCAUAUAUAUUCAUUUUGGAAUUUAAAAUCUGUUUCAGUGUGAAUGUCAGUGAACCUUGCUAACCAUGGCAUGUUGUUAAAAGUUAGUCAGUCAAGGUAUUCUAAUUCUUAUGGUAUAACUAGGUGAUCCUAAAUACACCUAUAUAGACUUUAAGAUUCUUUUCCAGAAGCCUCUAGAAGUCUACACCACUUGCUCUCUCAAGUCAAAUACUUCACCCUACCUGCUACUUUUGUAAUAACCCCCUCUUGAUGGUUUCUUUUAUUUAAGUUUACUAGAUAAAACACUGCAGUUUAUUUGUAAUGUCAAUUCCUUCAAGUGCUUAAGCAUCCCACUGCUAUAGUUCAUUCAACAGUUACUGUCUUUUGCUCUCUUGUUAAAUACAAAUGUGAAACAACAUGACCCCUUUUAGUCCACAGUGUUUAUGCUCUUAGGUAGACAGAGUUCCUGUUCAAUGUGCUUGGUAGCCCAUUUUUUCCUCUUUAGAAUUCUUCCUUCUACCUCAAAUGCUGGAAUUCCAGUUCGUACCCCUCCCUCUCCUGCAAGUUAUAAAAUCCUGGUAGCUUUCCCUGGAGGCAGAGCAUCAGUUAGAAAGACUGUUAGUAGAAAUCCAGUUUUUCUGCCAACCUCUUUACUGAUUAUUAGGAUUAGAAGGGCAAUUUGAGCAUAUUGAUAAAGUCACUUCUACCAAACCUAGCACAAGACUAGACAGCAAAAAUUGGAGUGGAACUUUCCCUUACUGUUUGUUUUGUAGGAAGCAGAGCCUUUCUAUGGAUGAGAAAAGGGGUGAUUUCUCCCCUCCAGCAAAGUAUAGUCAGACACAGGGAUUUUCAAAGGUGCUUUGAGUUGACCAUCUCUGAUCUCAGUCAGUGAAUCUUACAGUUGACAUUGAUGGGAGCAGAGUUAGGCCAGAGUGGAGUGCUCUUGAAAAUCCCAUCCACAAUGUUCAUUCUGGAAACAUUUCAAAACGGCCUUGGGAAGCAGAAAGACAACAUGCUGUUGGUAGCACCUGUCUCUCUUGGAUUUUAACUACCCUGGGUAUUAUUUUUUUAUAAAUAUCCCCCUAAGCAAAUAAAGCAGCUAACAACAAGGCCAGUUCAAAUUAAUCCAGACUUGCUUGCAAGGGAGACAGUCAUUUAACCUUAGGAUGCAGAAUAAUUUAACCAUGCAAAAUUUUGUGCAUUGUAAUAAGUAGCAGGUGUUGGUGCCAAUUAAGAUCUUAAGCAGGUUGGAGGAGCUUUAUGCAUCUCAGAAACCUGGUGAAACAGCACUAGUGGUAACCAGUCUCUUCUAUGCUCUUGCAGGCACAUACGGGAUGGGGCCCUGAAACUGUGAGGGUCAUCAUCAGCCAGUUGCAUGAGGAAUUGUUGCUCAUGAAUCACCUGUGUGGUAGGAAGGCAUUGCCAAAGCAUAGGCUUUUCAACGAGCUGGAAGCAGCUAGCAGGCGUGUGUGUGCAUGUGUGUGCACGCACACAUGCAUGCUUUGGUUUGAUGAGAAGAGAAUAAUACAUACCCAGAUAAGGGUCCUUCCUGUUACUUGAAACUGUUGAGGCUUGAUCUUACAAACCCUUGUUCACACUAGAUAAUCCCCUGACUUCAGUUAACUAGCACCACUAAAAAUCUGCAGGACUGUGCCUUUGAGCAAGUGGGCACUGUUACUUCCCAACAGAGGGUGAAAUGAUGGUAGUGAGUAAACCAUCCUUUAGAAGGCAUAUUCUUCUGGUGGCCUUUGAAUUUCCUAAUACUUUAUCUGGAUUCUAAAAUUAUUCUGUCAUCAUCAGAUCUCCCACAGGGUGAAGUUUGAUUACUCCCUCGCGUUUCUAGUCAAACACCCUCUGGAAUAGGUUUCUACUCUAUAGGGAAAAAGUUGGAUCUGGAGGGUAAAUCCUCAGUUGUUCCUCUACAACUGUAUAAGCAAACUUCUGGUUAACUUUGGCCAGACAUUGUAAUGUAGCUCUGUCUCUUCACCUUUUCUCUUUGGAAUUUUAUCUAGCAACACUCCCAGCUGUUUAUAGCUUUGGUACUAUGCCUAUUUAUAAAUAUUUUUAAGAAGCCUGGCAAAAAGGGGAGAAUCCAAUAAUCACAUUACAGGCUGCUCCAUACUGAAAGGAACCAGUUUCCAGCUAAUAUAACGAAUAGGACUAAUAACGCAAGCAGCUGCAACAGAUGCCAGUAAUCCUCCUGAUCUAUCACUCAACUCUUACUAUGGUUUAUGGCUCUACUGUGCUCAUACAAGCAAGUUAAUUGGGUAGGCAGCAGCUGAUUUUGCUUAAUUGUUGAUUGGGAAAUCAGAAUUAAUACCAACACAAAAUGUGUGUUUUAAUUAAGUAAUAGCCCAUAUCCUUGUUAGCUUCAUAGCCUGACAAUAGACUGCAAUAUGUGUUCUAAAGGCAUGUUUGAAGUUUAGUUACCUGGAAAGGGGUAUAGAGCCAGACUAUUGGAAUAUACAGAUUUGAAAACUACAGAGUCUUGUUGAAGCAACUUUGAGUUAUCCCCAUCAAACUCCAUGGACUUGCUUACUGGGUAAGUCACGUUGAAUAUUUGAUUUAAAGUGAUUGAGAGUUUGAAGUGUGGGGAUUUCUCAGAGGAGGAAGGGGAGAAACUUAUUCUCUAUGUAAACUGAGAAAUAGCAGCUACUGGCUCUUACAUAAGUGGUCCUACAGGUUUCUGCCACAAUUGCCUCUGAAAAACGAUUGCUGAAGUGUAUAAUAUUCUGAUGGGGGAAGACAUAGCAGUUGGGAAGUGCACAUUAACUCAGAGUUAGAGGAAGAGACUACCAAUGGCUUUAUUAAAUUAGUGCUUUAUUAGCACUAAUUCUGACCUCAGCUUGAGAGCCAUACACUGGUGAGCUGCACAAAACAAAUCCUUAAUGGUCUAUGCAACCAUUGUGUCUGUAGGAUAUUGAUACUGUCAAAAUCAAAGGAUUUUUCCACAUUCAGGAUGUUUUUAACAUGGAAGGGAGAUACUUGCUGUCAGUCACUUUUACAGAAAGGCCCAUGGGCCUAACAACCAGGGCUUCUUUACCAACCUCCUAUCUGGCCUUGAGAAAAAUCCCUUCAUUCCUGUGACUCCAUUUCCCCAUAUGUAAAACAGGGAUACUGCUACUUACCUACUUCACUUCCUCUGUGUGUGUAUGUUGAGGGGGAAGGGUUUCCUACUUUCCAGGUAUCUCUUCUAGAAAAAAAUAACUAUUCUAGCUGCUGUCCUACAAUGAGCCCCUCCACAUCCACCUGGAAAGGGAACUUGGACACCAAGUCCUUCCAGUCUCAAGCACCCCAAUACUAUGUCCCAGAAAGUAACUCUUAGCUGGGCCCAUUAUUAAAGUGACAUAUGCUCCAGCUUCCCCUGGCCUGCUGAAAAAUCCUCACAGCUGCAGAGGAUGAUUGAUCAUUCUCUUUGCCUGGCCCACCUCUUAGAAAUGCAGUAAAAGUUGCUGUGCAGGAUGGGAUGAUAGAAAAGGGGAGUUAGCUACUUUGACCCAUUUCUCUGGUAUUUGGGCCUUUCUUCCUGCUGUUGCUCCUGUGUGAUUGGUGGUGGGUGAUAUAGCAAAUGUAUAUGCUUAUUAAAAUGCUUCUCUGUCAGGGGUGGCUCCCCCCUUCUAAUGCAGUGUCUUGUAAGCAAUCCUCAGGUAAUUGGUUUUGUUGCUGUGGAUUUACCAAGGGAUUCAAUGAUCAGGGACCAUUUCGAGGAAACCUGCUUUGAUCCAAUGAAUUAUUGUUAUCUCCCAUGGUUGUAACAGAUCCCUUCUUUCCUGGGGCUGUUUGCACUUGCUUUUAGUCCCAUUCUCACGAUGGGUGCAGGUUGAACUCUCCAACUCUUUGUACCAUGUAAAAUGCUUGCUAUUCAAGAAUUUAACAAAGUCUUUGAUUGUUGCUUGUUUGUUUUGAGGAACCAGAAGUGUCAGGAAAGGCUUGGCCAGCAGUCUUAGUGCCUGUUGUGGUAGUGGAAUUGCUGUGUGGUAACCUUAAAAAUACUGAGACAUAAUAAUUUGAUGAACAGUGUGUGUGACCUCACUGACCUGGUCAGUGAGGGGGCAUUAUUUUGUGAAUGAUUCGACUUUCCUGUGGGAAUACGUUGAUCUAGCUAAAUAGGGGGCAGUGGAAAUUACAAACAGGAAGAAGACAGCAGCUCCAGAUAAGAAACUUCUCCCUUCCCUGCCCCCAUGCAUGCUUGAAAGACAAUAGGCUAAGCUACUGGCUUUGAGGACCUACAAUUCUGUCUCCAACAAGUUGCAGGCCUUGUUUUGCCAAGGCUGGGAACUAGCAGAUGAAAAGGAAUGAACAGUUUUUGAAGGAGAUACUCCCUGCAACGGGGAUAGAGGGAAUAGUUUGUGGGUUGAGGGAACAGACUACACCAGGAGUCUUGGUGUGUCUAAAAGAAGCGUAGACCUACUAUGUGGAAGAUGGUUAGAUUAUUGAUAAACCAGACCUGUGUAUAGUCUGGCAUUGUUUUAAGACCUGUCAUCUCUGAUGUGCUUUUGUUCGUAAUAAAUAGUACUUUGCUUUAAAUAA